UGUCAAAGAUGGUCAGUGAGUGAAGCACCGCGAAUCAAUGUCGGAUUGAUUGUGUUUUUGUGAAAAAGCAAAUUAUUUGGAUGAUGAAAGCAAAAACCGCAGCUCCUACUGACUGCUCACGAAAGAGAGAAACAAUAGUGAAUUGAAAACAUUGCAUUUACUUGUUACUAUGACUACUUCAGAGGUGGAGAGCCGAAACGUCGCUCUAUCUAUGCGUAAAUCAGUGGAGAACCUGGUGAUGUCCUCUCAGGAUGCAAUCGGGCAGAGCAUCAGUCAUGCUCUCACCUUCUCUGGUGUGAUUACGCAGCCCAACCAGGUUAUACAGGAAAACAAAAGCUCCUCACGGUCGCCCUCACCGUCCCUUCGACACACGGACGGCGCGUUGGACAUAGACAAUGACAAAAGAAGCGACAAAAGCGAUUCGUCGCUGCAGGGUUCGUCGCUGCCGAACGACAUAGCGAUCGGCAUUGAUGUAGUUCACUUCCAAGGCAGUAAGCUUAGUUCAGCGAAUGCGCUGCGGAUUGGCGACGGGCCGGGCUCGGCGCGGGUGAAGAAGAAGAGCUGGUACAACUCGCUGUACCCCACGUACAAGAGCAAGUGCGAGGACUUCAAACGCCUGUUCAAAGAACUGCCCGACGAGGAGCGCCUCAUUGUCGAUUACUCGUGCGCGCUGCAGCGCGACAUCCUGGCGCACGGGCGCCUGUACGCGUCGCAGAACUACCUCUGCUUCUACGCCAACAUCUUCGGCUGGGAGACCAACCUCAUGCUGCAGUGGAAGGAUGUCACGGCCAUCACUAAGGAGAAAACUGCGCUGGUGAUCCCCAACGCGAUCCUCAUAUGCACGAUCGGAGAGAAGAACUUCCUCACAUCGUUCUCGGGGCGCGACAAAGCCUACCUGAUGCUGUUCCGCAUCUGGCAGAACGCGCUCAUGGACCAGCCCAUGUCCAGCCAGGAGAUCUGGCAGUGGGUACACACGUGCUACGGCGAGGAGCUAGGGUUCGAUUCCGACGAGGAGAGCGGCGCGCCCGAUGCGCCUGACUCCCUCGUCCCACUCGACGUGCUACACGACUGCUCAGAGGAGGCGAUAGACUCAUCGUCGAUGGAGGCCGGAGGGGGAGGCGGCGGUGGAGGAGGAGGGGGAGGGGAGUACCGCUCCCCCAGCCGGAACAACACCACACCACCACUCAUCACAAACGGCGAGUCGGAGUUCCGGGAGCGGGACGAGGAGGCGGGGGACACGCUGCCCACCGACAUGUCCGACACUAGCGACAGCGAGCCCGACAAACCUCACAACAACUCGGAGGUAGAGAAAUGCACCGCGCCGCAUGAAGGCAAGCUGAUCCUGAACCAACAGUUUCCGUUCAACAUCGACCAGCUCUUCACCAUGAUAUUCACCAACUCCAAGUUCAACUUGGAACUGUUGGCCGCGAGAGGUACCACCGAUUAUGUGCAGGCACCGUGGCAGCCUCAGAACGGACUAAAAUGUCGACAAGUGAGCUAUACUCUCGGACUCACGUCCGGACCCAUGGGCCCCAAGGAGGUUCACGUCACCGAGACACAGGUGAUGAACAAGUGCAGUAAAGCGGGCGUACUGUACUCAAUAGACUGCACGAGCGAAAACGCGGGCAUUCCGUAUGCGGACUACUUCAGCGUCGAGGCACACUACUGCCUCGCGAGGCACGGCGACCACACCAGCCUCGCGCUGUAUGGACACGUCAAAUACAAGAAAACUAUGUGGCCUCUCGUCAAAGCAUUCCUGGAAAAAAGUGCGAUGGGCGGCAUGGAAGAGUUCGCGCGGCUGCUGGAGGCGCGGCUGCACGGCGCCGCGCGGCCCGCGCCGCCGCCCGCCGCGCGCCCGCGCCGCCGGAGACGCCGAGACGUGUCACCGCUCAGUCCCGUGGCGUCCGCGUCGGUGUCGCUGCCGACGACGACGGUGUUGUCGCCGCGACUGCCGGCCGCGCAGCCGAGUCGCGCGACCACGUGGCUGGCGUUAGCGCUAGUGCUGCUUCUAGCUGUCAACGCGGUGCUGUACUGGAAGCUCUACCACACGGACCACUCGCGGAGCAUGGACCUUAACCACUUACACACGAGAAUGAGCACGUUGAGUGAGGCUCAAGCGGCGGAGUGGGCGCGGGCGUUGGAGAGGCACUCGCACCGACAGAGGGGGCAGCUCAUUGCGUGGCGCGACGCGUUGGACCGCACCGUGGCGCAUCUCGUACAGACAGAGCAAGCACUGACGAAACUUCUGGAAACAAUCAAACCAGCGCUGGAAAAGGCAGAACAAGAAGCAGAGCCCCGCGGCGACCUCUGAACUGCUCACACCAGGAUCUUCUAGAAGAUUCCGAGGCUAUAUCAUUUCAAUAUCAUGUAUUGAAUCCUUUCUGUGAUACGUGUACUGUAUCGGCUUAGAUAGAGUAUGCCACAAGUGACAAAUACGUAAUUACGUAGUCACCAAAGAUAUUAAUUAAUCUAUAAUAAGGCGAUGGUAACCCAUAAUUAAAACCAGAUUCUUAAGAAAUGUAGUGAAAAAAUUAUCACAUCAUCUUUUGAAAAUCUGACUGUUCGACUGAACACAUCUCUCCGCUCUGCUUGAGUGGAAACUAGGCCUUAUCGAAGUUACAAUUUCGUCGCUUAGUUAAGUUUAAGCUACGAAAUUGUAACUUCGAUAAGACCCAGUUAAGCGUACCUACCACGUAGGUAACUUUGGCGGUUUCAAGUGAUAAGUUGAGCUUUAUCAAGGAAAAUGAUACUAAAAUACUAUAAAUAGUAAUAAAAAUCAUUCAUCAAUAAAUGUUACUAUGGUUCUACCAUCGCUAGAUAGGCAAAACUCACACAUUCGUAUUUUAAAAAGUGAAAAUAUACUUACGUUUGUGUGUAUAACACGCAUGCGCGUAGCGGCACAGGGCUGGUUUAGACAUCCCUGGGUAAAACGAUACCUACAAGUAUGCUUCAAAAUAUAGUGACCCGUUGCCAGUCUACAGAAGUCGUAGUAACAUACUACAUGUGAUAAAAAAAGUGUCCGCUUGAAUUUAUUAUGUUUGCAGCAGAACCAAAAAAAUUAAGACGUAAGUGCUUAAAUAUUGCAUUGCAAAAUUUACCUUAUUCAAAUAGGUUUAAAGUAUAAAUCACCUAAACUACGAAUAUACUUCCAAUCAUGAACGAGAGAAAAUUGAAUGAACGGUGAAUUUUUCUGUCAAACAAUUUUCAGUACUAGCACAGAGUUAGGAAGUUGGCGGUGUUUGACACCCGUGUCUCAGAGAGCACGUAAAGACGUAAAGCCGUCGGUCCUGCCUCUGAUGUCUCUCCGGUCGUGUCGGAUUGCCGUCCCGUCGGACUAUAAGUAUGAGGGAAUAGAGAAUGUAUUCGUGUUUGCACACUAAUUUUAGAGUUUUUAAAUAAACCACAAAUUCAGAAAAAAUAUAUAACGCCAGUACCAAGAGUAUUAUUAUUUUUUUAAUUCAUUACUUUGACAGAGAGGAGACUCGGGCUCGGUGGUGGGCAUGUUAUGGGUUAGUGGUGAUAAAGAUGAUAGAUAUAUGUAGUAUGCGACAGGUCGAGAUGGCAAUCGGGGUGGGGAUGCCCCGCACAGCCCCCGCGCUCACCCGCUACAGGUGAGCGCGGGUGUGCGGGGCGUUCCUCCGCCUCAUACUCCAAUUGCCAUCUCGACCUGUCGUGUACUGUAGAUAGGUACUUCUCUGUCAAUUCUUUGAUUCAAUGUAGUUGUAUAGAAUUUACAUUAAACAAAGUUUGUGUGAGGCAAGCGUUGUCCUGGCGUCCAUUUUGAAAAUACGUAAAUGAGGACGCAUUUAAUUAUCUCUAAUUGAUUAUUGAUAAUUAUAGGUAAUUUAACCAAUUAAUAGAAUAAAUAAAUCAGUGUUAAGGCAGGACCUGAAACUGCUAAGAAAAUUGAAAUAAAUCUUGUUUAUAUUAUUUGUCUGUGGAUAGUAGGUAGCUACAUUGAAAUUUUUAAUAUUUCGCACUCAUAAAUAAUAAAAAAUAUUUAUAAAAAGAAACCCCACUUCGCUGAAGCAUGGAAACUUAAUUAAUUGACUGCUUAGAAACCCCACUUCGCUGAAGCAUACAAAACUCAAUUUACUGCUUGCAAUAUUUUAGAGGUUUCUUUUCGCCUUGAUUUGUUUUUGCCACUGAUAGUAAAAUAUGUAUUUGAAUGGCCCAAAAUUUUAAUCAAUCUAUCUGUAAUCUAGCAAUAACUUAGAAACCUUGUUUACCAAAAAUGGUAUGUCAUUUUUGACAAAUGGCGACUGGCGGCACAGCACGGCCAGGGAUUUUCAUGCGACGAAUAGAAAUAUAAUCUUAAUAGUAUGACAUUCAAAGAUUAUCAUCGUACUCGUAGGUCGGCUGCGGUAUGCUAAGGCAUGCCGUAUAAUCCUAUAGAAUGCCUUUGCAUCCCUUGGAAUGCUUCAGCAGCCUU